AUAAACUGCGUUUUUUCUUUGCUUAUUUUUAGCUUCAUACUCUGAUAAUACCCGAGAAUGUCUAAUGACGGUAUAAGAUCUUAAGAAAUACUUUGACGCUAAAAAGCCUAAAUACCUCACGUACGAAGAAAAAAAAUAAUUGACAAUUUACCUAAAGAAUGCAUCAAUGGCUUGAAUUCAAUAUCACAGCAUACUUAAGCAGAGCGGAAACAUUUCUAAAUAUAAAACAACAAACUUCAAGAUUUUAGGUCUGGCAUUGGGGUUCGUUUCACAAUAAUUAAUGAGAGUUUUUGGCUAAGCCCCAUCAAUUAACUUCAAGAUUGUUUUGAAAAUACGGACCUUCAGAAAGAAGCCAAACGGAAAGCCGUUAUGAUAAUGUAUUGCGGUAUAUUAGGUUAGCAGAUUAUAUAUUCUACUGUUAGCAUACUUGGAGGUGAAGCCGACAGUACUCGCUUUCCACAGCACAGCAUUAAUACAAGGUUUGUUACAUGAAAAUUCUUUUUUUGGGUAUUUUAUAUCUAUAAUGUAUCUAUUUUACUAAGCACUAGUUACAUGCGGGGGGCAGAGAAAAUGGACAACCAACUAAAUAACAAUAAAUUUCAAAUCAUUUGUUAAAAAAGCUUUCAGUGACAUCUUUAGAUGGUUGAAAUACCAUAGGUUGCCUCGUGGUGGUCUACAAAGUAAACGUUUUUCUUACGUGAAUCAAUGUUUAUAACUAUMAAGAACCUGAACUUUUCUAGAGAACGUUUGCUACAGUAACGGAAAUUAUCUAUUUGUUAGAAAAAAGCACGACAAGCCACCUGACUAUUAAGCGAUGUAAAGAAUUGAGAACUGACUCAAGGACUGAAAGCAAUGACAAGAUAUUUUGGAAACGAGAUUUCAUAUGGUCAUACUACUUCUAUCGAACUAAGAAUCGCUCACACAUGUGUGUGUACAAACUGCGUCUGCUAUCUUUGUCAAAAAAAUACAUUUGUGCAUAAGUUCGCGUGCACGACGUUAGCACCGAGCUUUUGCCGUGCAGCACGAACCUACUGUUUAUUGACUAACUCACGAGUCGAGGUGUCCAUUUGCCUAAUUCAAAAUAUUUCCCUCGGCGAGACGAUAGCACGCUGCCUUUUAAUCCUACAAAUUCUCUGUAAAUUUCUUUACAAUGGAAAUCCAUACUUUUAAAUCGUAUUAACGUCAUUGUUUUUUUGCUGGCACGACAUACAAUGGCUGGCUCUUUUUAGCAAAAACUUCAAGGAUACUUUAACACGUCGAAAACAAAAAGAUAAUUAAAAAAAAAAUACAUAUAUAUAUAUAUAAAAAAUAAAAAUAAACGCUUUAAAUUGGAAAAGCCUAUACUUGAGUGUUCAUUUAGUGUCUAUGUUACCCACGCAUGUCCUUGAACAUCAUUGCUUUUACCAUCUUCCUUACUAAUUAAAAUAGCCGUCGGACUGAAGGCUUUUAAUGUUUCAAGUAAGGUAUCUGCUCAAACUAUCGGCACUUAUUGGUUUUUAGUCAUUUUUCCAGUUUUAAGAAAAGCUAUGAUUAUUCUGAUUGUUUUAGUUACGGUAGCAGCUCUAAAAAAGAAAACUAUGUAGGAUGAAGAAGUAUAAAUAUUUCUUAAAACUGCAUAUAUUUGAAACAUUCGAGUUUAGCAAAUUUGCAGGCUGUAACGAGAUAGAUCGCAGGCUUACGAGCAUAUACGGGGGUUAAAUAAAAGCUUUAGUCUUUACAAGUAAUUUGUUUUGGAGAGAUUAUUUAUGACGUUAAACUAAUUGGUUAGCAACAUUAGUAAAGCGAAGUGCAUUAGGGCGGAAGAUGGUUAGUGAGCACCAACCAGAGUAACAUUAAUAGCUUGAAAUAUCAAGGAAAGGCUGUUCUAUUUGCUCUUUAAAUGGUUAGAACUACACGCCCUUAGAAAACGAUGAUCGGAUUUGUCUCUCUUCUGCUAGAUAAGAAAAGAGGUCGAAGAGGACUUUGCGUAGAACUAUGAACAACACAAGCACUGUUGGUAACGGGACAGCACACUUCAGUUGCUUAACAGGAAGCACUGGGGUAAGCACAAAAGUCAGAGUGGGUCUGUACCUUUUCACAAUGGUGAUCUCUUUGUGUGGUAAUAUAUUGGURGUAUGUGUGGUGUAUAGGAAUAGAAGGCUGCGCACUCCAACCAAUUACCUCAUUACCAACAUGGCUAUCAGUGAUUUCAUCAUGACGAUUGUAGCAAUGGUACCUACUGCUGUUKCUUUCAUUACAUAUGACUUUUCCUGGUACAGUGGCUGGCUCGGAAUUGCAAGUUGUAAGGCUUUAGGUUUUCUUCAAGGAACGACUAUCGCCGCUUCUAUUUUCACUCUSACAGCAAUUGCAUUCGAAAGAUUCAACGCGAUCGUGUUUCCAAUGAGGUCCACAAUGCGGUCUUGCAGUACCAUAUGGGUUAUUGCAGCAGUGUGGUACUGCGCAUGCCUGGUAACCUCACCAAUACUGUUUGUAAACACCAUUAAGAUAYUCAAGGACAACAAACCAUACUGCGUCGAGGAAUGGAAACCUCCAUUAGAUCCUGAAAGGUCGUCCAUCAUUUACACUAUCGUCUCUUUAGUUCUGCUUUAUGCUCUGCCAUUGKCUGUCAUAGCGUUGCUCUACGCAUGCGUGGUGUAUACAGUUUGGUUGCGAAGGAUCCCUGGUAACAUCAACCGAUCCAUUAGAAAGCUUCAACGMAAAGUGCGAAAGAAUGUUGUUAAGAUGCUGAUCACUGUUGUUGUGGUGUUUGCUGUCUGCUGGCUUCCCAUGCAUCUCAUGGUUCUUCUACAGCUUGCAUCACAGUACUACGGUAGAUGUGGGAUUCCUCCAGACGUCCAUCUUACUGCAUUCAUAUUAGCUCACUCCACAGGAGCAAUAAACUUUAUGAUUUACGUGGCGUUCAGUGAAGACUACAAACAAGGCUUUAAGAGUUUAUUCCAUUGCUUGUUUGGUGGUGUCCAGCCACCGAUGCGACCAGGGUACCCUAGUGUACGYACUGAACAAACCACUGAGAGCAGGAGGAGUACUUCCAAAAAAGCACAAGACAUUGAACUAAAGAAACUWACUUCAAAUCCAGAUUUUGAAGAGAGAAGCACGCCUAGAGCAAGUAAAAUCGUUAAAUUUGAUAUGGAAUGUUCGUCUAGCGUUUGACCRCACCAUAGACCACUGCCUGAAGUCCAAAUACCGAAGAAACUUUAUUUUUUCAUCUUGAACUGAAAUUUGGUUGAUUUAGUGCAUUCAUACAAAGAUACAUUAAUUUUUAGGAUAUUAACAUUUGGAAAUUCUUUUYAUAGUUUGCAUUAGUACGUUUCAAUGAAGAAGUUAGUUUGCGCAGCAAUCUCAAAAAAAAAAGAAAAAAAAGCCGAGUGCCCAAUAAGUGUAUACGGACUGCAAUGCAUUGUUGCUAUAGGGCUUCAGCGCAUUGCAUUGUUGCUAUUAAUUAAGCUCCUCUAAAAAUGAUAAUUCUCAAAUAAAUAGAUUUUCAUUGAAGGUCUUCUUACCAUCAAGAACACGAGUUGUUACUCACAGUAUGUUUACAUCGGGAAAAGAUGCUCAAARACAGCGUAAAUUUGGGCCAUUUAUAUUCCGUUUCGAAAGUAGAACUUCAAUGUAUCGUGUUUUUUAUUGCUCAUGUACAUCUUAUUUGAUAUGCAGUAAGACUGAUCCCCUCUAGCGACCAUAAUCCUUAGCUUUAAAACAAUAGAAUGUUUUAAUGUGAUGUCAUGAUGAAAUUAAUAAGUUGAAUUGAAAACAACUCUUAGCGCGAUACGACCUACAAUGCAUUGCGGUCAGUAGACUAUUAAUUAUCACAGUAWCACAACACUCAAUGUUUUGAAAAUCGCUGUUUUUAGCAAUAAAAACGUUUUUGAGAUUAUCCAGAACUUUUAAAGACAGCUAUUAACGAAUUGAAUAGCCUGAAUUUCUUUCUACAGCUUAUUUUAGCUCUUGCUUGACUAGCGGCAGUGUGUAUUUUAGCAAUGUAAACAACGUUGAAAAUAGUAAUUAUUCGUGCGUUGUUGUCACUAAGUUUAUACAAAUUCAUAUCAACUCAAACAUGACAACCUGAAAUCCUUUUUACAGAUUUUGUUAGCUUGUGUUUGUGGCAACAGUGUGCGUUUAAACCUUGAAAAACCUAAGUUAAAUGGUAUCAUUUCUGGAUUGGUCAAAUUAUUUAGAACAGUUUACGCCUAUUGCAAAUGCCUACGUGUAAGGAAGUAAAUAUCCCUAUUUGAAAUAUGUUCAGGAAACAGCUAAUAUCUUGACUCAUAAUGAACGGAUAUGAUUAAUAAAGCACUUGARCCCAGUCAAA